ACAUUUUAUUUUUCGUUGAACGAACUUAAUACAUCUGAAAGAUCAUACUGCGGUUUUUGUAUGGCAGGUACAAAUAAUAUUAAAGAUUUAGCAUAACGGAAGAAGAGGGUUACGGUAUCAAGAUAAACGCCUAGGGUCUGAAAAAUGAUCCACUGAACAUAUUCGUCACGUUGAUUAACCGAGCGCACAUCAUGGGGUAAAGUGUCAUUGCUGAUACCGGGAAGCUGAUCCACUAAGCCGGGGCUCUGCAAGGUCGCAGGAUUCUGCGCAUCGGCUGUGAGGACCCCCUUUAGUAAAUGUGCAUGUAGUCCUUCCAGUGUGACCGGAAAGCGAGGCUGAUAUCACUGGUGUUGUAUGUUCUAAGGGGUACCAGGAGGCAGAUAAAAUUUUAACAUACAGUACGAGUCGCAUCCACAAUUAGAUUGUAAUUGCAUAUUGUAAUUGCUGUUUUACCUUCUCCAUUGGGUGCCAUUGGGAAUGUGAAAGAAAUGUGCAAUUAAUUAGAAACAAGUGAACAAUGUCUCUGUACCCAUCAUUGGAAGACAUGAAGGUUGAUAAAUUCAUGCAGGCUCAAAGUUCAUUUGCAGCCAGAUCAUCACUGCCUCCAGCAUUGCCAGAAAGAUCUGAUUUGAAUUCGACUGAUGUGGACAAUGGGCUUUAUCCAAAGUUAUAUCCAGAACUCUCAGAAUUCAUGGGCCUUAAUCUCAGCGAUGAUGCCCUGUGCCAGAACCUUUCAGUGGUUCCCUCUGAAGUAAGUUCUGCGCAAAUAGCAGCCAGACCAUCUGCAGUGAAUUACAUGACUGCACCGAUUACAGGAAGUAAUAUUGGAAUACGCAGAGCCGAAAUCAAACAGGGAAUCCGGGAAGUGAUCUUAUGUAAAGAUGCAGAGGGAAAAAUAGGGUUACGUCUGAAAUCUGUGGAUAAUGGUGUGUUUGUUCAGCUGGUACAAGCAAACACUCCGGCUGCCCUGGGUGGCUUGCGAUUUGGGGACCAAGUGCUUCAGAUCAAUGGAGAGAACUGUGCUGGCUGGAACACGGACAAAGCUCACAAAGCGCUCAAGAAUGCUGCUGCUGAAAGGAUAGUGUUCAUUGUCCGGGAUAGACCAUUUGAGCGAACCAUCACUAUGCAUAAGGACAGUAAUGGACAAGUUGGCUUUGUUUUCAAGAAGGGAAAGAUAACCUUCAUUGUAAAGGACAGCUCUGCAGCUCGAAAUGGGCUUCUCACUGAGCACCACGUUUGUGAGGUGAAUGGCCAGAAUGUCAUUGGAUUAAAGGAUUCUCAGAUCUCGGAUGUACUGAAUUCAGCUGGAAGUGUAAUAACAAUAACUGUUAUGCCAUCGUUCAUCUUUGAGCAUAUGACAAAGAAGAUGUCAUCCAACAUUGUGAAGAGCCUAAUGGAUCAUGCUAUUCCAGAGGUCUAAGGCUUGGCACGGGACGCAGAAAUGAUUAAGAAAAUAUGUGUUUCCAACUGGCCUCCUCUGCUGCUUUCUACUUAGAUACAGUUCACAAAUCACUGCUGUAUACUGUAUAAGCCAUGGUGGUACUCAGGACAAGAAAGUACCAUUUAGCAGCCUCUACAUAAAGCAGUUGUUCUGCAACAUGCAUUCACACAUACAGUACAUGUCUCACACUACUGAGGUAAAACAAAAGUUCAGAUCAUUUGGCCUGUUUACAGAAUUCUGUCUCAGACUUUUGUUCUGUAUUUAUACAGAAACUUGUCUGCAUGAAGCAAUGGAUGUUGUGUUUUAUUGCAAGACUUCACAGAAGUUAUUUUGUUCAUGUAUUGUUAAGCUUUAAUUUUAGAUGUCUGUUUUACAGAGCUCGUAAUUAUGGGCUUCAAUGUUAAUUUAUUUUCAGAAAAAAUAUUAUUCACUGCUGUGUAGAACUAAUGUGGGGUUUGUUGCUUUUCCUUUAAGGUAUUUUACCUGUGUGUGGGGGGCACUAUAUAUUUUUAAGUUGUACUCUACAUUUUAGUUUUGUUGCAUUAAAAAGAAACAAAUGUCCAUGUUAAAUUAAUUAUUGGAGAAUAUUUUUUUGAAUGGAGGUACAGUACUGUAUAAACUUUUCACAUUUAUAAUAGUAUCAAGCUGUGGUGUUUUUUAAAUAAUUCUGGUCUUGAAAGAUCAUUUAUCUGUUCUCUUCAAACACAGUACUGUAGCAAAUAAUGUUUUAUACAUGUGUACAGUAUCUUUCAAUUACAGCAGGCACAGUAAAUAAAUAAUUCUGUAACUGCCAAGGAUAGUUUUGUUGACAAGGAAUAUACAGUAUCCCAGUC